ACUAAAAAUCACGCCGCCACACCACUGCACAAUAUCCUAGUCCUAACUGUAAAUGCACCUCCGAAGGUUAUUGCCGUCAUUUGACUUAUACUCCCUCUCCAUCGGCCUCUCCCUCCCAACGCCGGUUUGCUAGCGGCUCGUAUGUGUCGUAGUCAGUCUCAUUUUCUUGGUUCUAAUCAGAAUUGUCCCUCCAUCCUUCUUGUUUCUUGAUCAUAGCUUAGAACCUUUUUUUUCUUCUCUUAAAAAAGAAAAGAAAAGAAAAAGAAUCAAGAAACAGAAAACGCCCACAUGGAAACAACAAAGAUUCUUGAGAUCAACUUGAUCUCAGCCCAAGAUUUAAAGCCACCGUCUGCUAGUCUCCGGCAGAUGCAAACCUACGCUGUGGUUUGGCUCGACUCCACCGCCAAGCUCCGAACCCGAAUUGACCGAGUCGGCGGAGAAAACCCUACCUGGAACGACAAAUUCCUCUUCAAAGUCACUCCCGAAAUUCUCUCCAGGGAAACUUCCGGUGUUUCUUUUGAAAUCUACGCCGUUGGUUGUUUUCGUGAUCCGUUAAUCGGAACCGUCCGUUUCCUCAUCAGUACCAUUCCACUUCCUUCCCCAAUCAAACCAACGAGAACUCCGUCUUGUAUUGCUCUCCAGAUUCAGCGUCCUUCUGGAAGGUUCCAAGGGGUUCUUAAUAUCGGUGCAAUGGUGAUCGACGGUUCUGAUUUCGCGACAUUGAAUGGGGCGUCAGCUAUUGGGUAUCGUGAUCUUAUGGGAGAGAAACAGCGGCGGCGGCGGCGUCCGCCACGUGAUUUAAAGAAAUCUGUUUCGAUGGAAGAGGUUGGGAACGCGGAGAAUUCUUGUGGAGAAUCUGGGGAUCUUUCUUCUGAUGGUGCUGAUUCUACUACUUCUUCUUCUUCUUCUGCUGCGUCAACGGCGUUGAAAGAUUGGAAUUCAGUUAGAAAUUUAGCGGGAAAUCACUUGAGGUCAUCAUCCGACGGGGGAGGAUUUUUCUGUGGGCUGAUGAAACAGAGGAGGCUUACGAUGUGUCUGUCUGCACAGAAUCUUUCGUCUUUUUCUGGGUCUCAGAGAGAGAAUUGAGCAAAGGCCUGUUUAAACGGGAUUGUUUGUUGAUAGUAUUCUUUUUACAAGUUAAGUCCGUGAGAGUGGUAUUCCAUAGAUUUUAAAGUAUAACUGAUAUCUCUCUUGUCUAUGCCUCUCUGCUAAUCGUUUCAUGUAUAUCAUUUGUCCGUGAUUUGAUUUUGCUAGCCGUUACUCGGGUCAUAGUGUUUGA